AUGGUAAUGUCUGUUCUUCCUCAACUGCAGACACAUAAAGCAAUGUACGGAGGUCCGUUCGAUAAUUGGAAGCGUGCUCUCGAGCCUGUGAUCGCAGAGGAACUCAGUUUUAGCGAUGACCCUGUUUUACAAGACAUUAUAAGCACUAAAGCCCUCGCGAACUUGGCCCUUUUGCGAAAGUCCGCGGUGGAAAGCCAGCUCCGAGCCCCGAAACAUGGCAGUUCAGAGCUGGAUGAUUACAGAAAUGCUUUUGAAGAGCUUGAGUGCUCAGCCUUGAUGACUAGACACAGCUCGAGGGCGAAGCUGACUGCGGAGCACGAGCAUCUCAUGGAGUCAAUGAAAUCGAAACGCUAUAGCGUGGACUUUGAUUCGGAGGACACCGGCCGCCAGGAAGAGGACUUCGAAAAUAUUGAAAAGGCCGCUGGUCCUGAAGGUGAAGAAGAGGAAAGUUUAGGGCAGCUCAGAAGCCGGCUCUUGGGGAAUCGUCGUGGUAGUUCUUCGGGCGCAGACCAAAGCGCCAACACAGAGAAGCAGAUGCAAGUGCACAAUAACUUGCAGGAGGAGCUCAUUAGUGACAUGUCACAAUUGGUGUCCGGCUUAAAAAUGGGCGCUGAAGCAUUUCAAAAUGCUCUUGAGGAAGACUCCACUGUUCUCAAAGCUACCGAGUUGGGGUUACAAGCCACUUCCCGGAGUCUUACAAACUUGGGCGGCAAGCUGAAAAAGUACCACAACUCCAAAGUUGGGCUACUCUUUUACCUUGGGUGCAUACUGUUUAUGUUCCUCAGUCUGUUAUUAACAUACAUGAUUGUCAAAAUAUUCCCUAAAAUGUGA